AUGCCGGUGAUGAAAGGCUUGCUGGCGCCGCAGAACACCUUCCUGGACAACAUAGCCAACAGGUUCGAUGGGACACAUAGCAACUUCCUGCUGGCCAACGCUCAGGUGCAUCGCGGCUUCCCCAUCGUCUACUGCUCUGACGGAUUCUGUGACCUUACUGGCUUCGCCCGGACAGAAGUCAUGCAAAAGAACUGCAGCUGCCGCUUCCUCUACGGCAGCGAGACCUGCGAAGCCGUCCUGCAGCGAAUCGAGAAAGUGCUGGAGGGGAAGCAGGAGUACCAGGCCGAAGUCUGCUUUUACAAGAAGAGUGGAACAGCCUUCUGGUGCCUGCUGGACAUCGUACCUAUCAAGAACGAGAAAGGCGAGGUGGUCCUUUUUCUCUUCUCCUUCAAGGACAUCACCGAGAGCCAUGGAAAGAGCCAGUCGAGCGAAAAGAAGGAGGAAAAGCACCGCUGUAAGAAGGCAGGGAGCUCCCAUCUGCGGGCAGCCAGGAGACAAGGCCGCACAGCCUUGCACCACAUCGCCAGCCAAUUCACCAAGAAGGAACGGACAGAGAUGAAGAUCAACAGCAACGUCUUUGAGAACAAGCCCUCCGUGCCAGAGUACAAAGUAGCCUCGGUGCAGAAAUCACGCUUCAUCCUCCUCCACUACAGCAUCUUCAAGGCCCUGUGGGACUGGCUCAUCCUCCUGGCCACUUUCUACGUGGCCGUGACUGUUCCGUACAACGUCUGCUUCACUGACACGGAGGAUAGCUUGGCGGCCGCCCGCAGCACCAUCGUCAGCGACAUUGUUGUCGAGAUGCUCUUCAUUGUUGACAUUAUUCUGAACUUUCGCACCACGUACGUCAGCCAGUCGGGCCAGGUGGUCUAUGACACCCGUUCGAUCUGCCUCCACUAUGUGGCGACUUGGUUCUUUGUGGACUUGAUUGCAGCCUUGCCCUUUGACCUCCUCUAUGCCUUCAACGUCCCUGUGACCUAUCUGGUGCACCUGCUGAAGACAGUGCGCCUUCUGCGCCUGCUCCGUCUCCUCCAAAAGUUGGACCGCUACUCUCAGUACAGUGCUAUGGUCCUGACUUUGCUCAUGUCCAUGUUCGCCCUCCUGGCCCAUUGGAUGGCUUGCAUCUGGUAUGUCAUCGGCCGGCAGGAGAGCAACGAUCCAGUGACCUGGGACAUUGGCUGGCUCCACGAACUGGGCAAGCGGAUCGAGGCCCCCUACAUCAACAGCUCUGUGGGAGGACCCUCCAUCCGCAGCGCCUACAUCGCUUCCCUCUACUUCACCCUCAGCAGCCUGACCAGCGUGGGCUUUGGCAACGUGUGUGCCAACACAGACGCCGAGAAAAUCUUCUCCAUCUGCACCAUGCUCAUUGGCGCUUUGAUGCAUGCCGUGGUCUUUGGCAACGUGACAGCUAUCAUCCAGCGCAUGUACUCACGCCGCUCCCUCUAUCAUACCCGCAUGAAGGAUCUCAAGGACUUCAUCCGCGUCCACCGCCUGCCCCAGCAGCUCAAGCAGCGCAUGCUGGAGUACUUUCAGACCACAUGGUCUGUCAACAACGGCAUUGAUGCCAAUGAGCUCCUGCGGGACUUCCCAGAUGAACUACGAGCAGACAUUGCCAUGCACUUGAACAAGGACAUUUUGCAGCUGCCGCUCUUUGAGAGCGCCAGCCGCGGCUGCCUCCGCGCCCUUUCCCUGCACAUCAAGACAUCCUUCUGCGCCCCCGGGGAAUAUCUCCUCCGCCAGGGAGACGCCCUGCAAGCAAAUUACUUUGUCUGCUCAGGCUCCCUUGAAGUCCUCAAGGACAACAUUGUACUGGCCAUUUUAGGUAAAGGGGACCUCAUUGGGGCUGACCUGCCCAAUAAAGACCAAGUAAUCAAGACCAAUGCAGACGUCAAGGCACUGACCUACUGCGACCUCCAGUACAUCAGCCUGCGCGGGCUCUUUGAAGUGCUGGAGCUGUACCCCGAAUAUUCCGCCAAGUUCAUGGCCGACAUCCACCAGGACCUCACCUUCAACUUGCGGGAGGGCAGCGAGAUUGAGGGACUUCUCCGAUUCUCCAGGUCCCCACGUUUAUCCCAGCCUCACCUUGAAAGUGGUGCUGCCCCCGAGAAGCCCCUGCCCUCCAUCCAGGAGUAUGGCGAGGACUCUGAGGACUUCUUCCAGCCCUCGCCAGCCACCAUCACCCGCCGCAAACUCCUCUUGCCCAACCUCAACAGCCCCGUGAGGCGCGGCUCCUUCAGCAGCCUGCUAGGAGAUGACCUGCGCCAGUUCUCCGCCCUGCGGCGAAAUUGUCGCUCCCCAGCCCACUGCAACCGAGGCCGUAGCCCCUCUCCCCAGUGUCGCCGGGAGGUGCAUCUCUUUGAUGAGGGCAGCAAUGGCCGGAAACCUGGCAAGCUCCUCAUUCCCUCCCUCAUGAACUAUGGAACGCCAAACCUCAGCCCCAGAGUCGUGGAUGGAAUUGAAGAUGAUGGUGGCGCAUCAGAGACACAAACCUUUAGUUUCAAUGUGGAUCAGCCCACGCAGAGCUCGGCGCAGGAGCCUCCAGUGUCAGGGACGGAGCAAACCAACCCUGUCUCAACUGCAGAAGCUGACGAGGUAAAGCAGAACAUCCGAAGGCUGAAUCAAGAGAUCAACAACCUGAACCGGGAAGUCUCCCAACUCAGUCGAGAGCUGCAGCAUCUGAUGAGCCUCCUUCAGAGUCAGCUUGCCAUCCAGCCUUCCUACGCCCCUGCCGCGAGCUGCCCCCACAACUGUGGCCAGACCUCGCCUUCCCCGCCUCCCACCAGCAGGCUGCCUUCGUCCCAGAGCAUGCCGCCCCUCGGCCCCCCGGCCUCCUCGAGCGCAGACUUUUCAGCCUUCACCAACUCCCUGCCGCCUUCUGCCUCGUGCAUAGAGCACUUGGGACCCGGGGAGCAGAGGGGUUCCACUUCCUGUGGCCCCACAAGCCCCACAUACCAAUACCACUCCCUAUGGGCGGACACGGGACACGGAAGCCACCACUGUGGCCAGGCAGCCAAGGGGACUUCUUCCCGGUCGAGCUCGCCCACGCCGUGCCCCCUUAGUUCUCUCUCCCCAAGGAACUCUUUCUCCACUUGUUCGGGGCAGGGCUGCCCGCCACCAGCACGCUUCCACUUCCGGUCAAGCUCAGAGACCUUUCACUGA